UGGUCGGUCUCCUCCUCUCAAUCAGUGUGAUCAGAUGUGAUCUGGCACCUGUGUGUGCGCGUUACCCACGGGAGCCUGUUGCUCAUGAGUGUUGUGGAGCGAUCUGCUUCUGUGCUGUGUGAGAUUAUGCGCGCAACUGCACGAUAACGAUCAUGUUUUGCGUCUUUGCGCGUUAAUGACGAUGAAGAGGACGCUUUUUGGGUAGAUGCAAUUUUUGUGUUUCUUCAUAAUUCUCAUCCUCAGCCAGCAUCUGAUGAAGUUUGGGCGCGUUUUAGAUGCACUAUGUGAUGCAUUUGUGAUAUAGUCACCGGCGCGUCUUGAGAAGAACAUCGAAAGCAAGAUCCUCGUUAUUUGUUUUCCGCGAUGUCAAUCAAAAAAGCAACAUUGAUGGAGAAUGGGGUUAAAAACGGAACGUCGAGAAAUGUGCUGGAGCGAUGCGCCUCGGUCAACGAGUAUUUUGAUAUUGCCUUCAAGGUGAUGCUGCUGGGAGACUCGGCAGUGGGGAAGACCUGCGUCCUGGUGCGCUUUAAAGAUGGUGCAUUUCUGGGAGGCAACUUCAUUGCCACAGUGGGGAUUGACUUUAGGAAUAAGGUGGUGACUGUGGAUAACAUGAAAAUCAAACUCCAGAUGUGGGACACGGCCGGUCAGGAGAGGUUCCGCAGUGUUACUCACGCGUACUACAGAGACGCUCAGGGUCUCAGGUGUUCUUGGGCGUGCCACAAAGCCUGGCUGACUGAAAUCUAUGAGUAUGCACAGAAGGAUGUGGUCAUCAUGUUGCUUGGCAACAAGUCAGACAUGGCCGCUGAGAGGGUGAUCACACAUGAAGAAGGGGAGAAGCUGGCUAAGGAAUAUGGAGUCCCUUUCAUGGAGACCAGUGCCAAGACCGGUGUCAAUGUGGAACUCGCUUUCCAAGCCAUAGCAAGAGAACUCAAGCACAGAAACAUCCAGCAGCCCCACGAGCCCAAGUUCAAGAUCCAUGAUUACAUCGAGUCACAGAAGCAGAAGUCCAACUGCUGCGGCGGCCUCAUGUGACCAGCUCCACGUCUCCAUCUCCAGACGACAGCUAUUCCUACACAAAUACGCGUGUGAAUGAAACGUGCUUUUUGAUGUGUCUGAUUCCCCAGACCCCUGUUCGCUUUAUAGUCAGGAAUAUACAGCCAAAUACUGCUGAGGUGCAUCAGAGUAAUACGUUUCUGCUUUAUAAACUGUAUUAAUCCAGGUGUGUACAGUACCCAGGUGUGUCUGCUUAUUCCAGGUUUGUGUAAUGUGGUUUCCGGGUUUCUUCUCUAAUGGUUACAGCCUCUAUCUACACACAGUAUAAAAUAUAUUAGUAUUGAAUUACAUUAUAUGCCACGCAAAUGUGCUCGGGCCGUGAGCUUGUGUCUGUAGUGUUGUUUUUUUAAAGUUCUUUAUGUAUAUUUGAGUGUCUUGCAGAGUCAUAAUAUCAGCUUAUGUUAAGUAUUAUGUUUACAAUCAGUAUAUAUUGACUUGAAAACAAUCAUAACACAGCUUGACCCAGUCAGGCCUGAUUAUGAGGUAAUAUGGGUUUCUUUUUGCUUCGCGUACAAGCAUGUCACACUUUCAUACCUGUCACACUCACUGUAUGACUUAGAGAUUGAUGUGAAAUGUAAAUCUGGAUUGUAUCGUACAGUAUUUUGAUUUGUCUCAUACCUACGCUUUACAUUGUUCACAAAGUGCCAUGAGAAAGUCCAUUGUAACCACAUGUGAGUGAGGGUUUUUUCCACCGUUUCAUUUAUUUAAUAUUUAAAGCCACAGGGGGGCGGUAUUAUACACCGAGAAUUACUAAUAAAUAAUAACGAAGUUAACGAUUUAAUUGCCUUACCUUUGAAAUUUCAAAUAUGUGUCCUGUACUUUUGAAUAAUAAAGUGAGUUGUGAACAUCAGGUUAACUUAUUGGUCUCAGUUUGGGACACGAGAAGAUGAACAAACUUUAUUUGAAUGAGUAAAUGCUUGUGUUGUACUAUUCCGUGUAAGUUGUUUUGCAUAAAAUCAUCUGCCGAAUUAAUAAAUGUUAGUUAUUUGAUCUUGGCGAGACAUUCGUCUAGUCCCGGUUUCCUAUACAGCUGAUGUGUAGCCCACAUUUACUCCUUCACAGGGCAAGAAACCCAAAAAUCUGGCACAAGUAGGCCUACACACAAGAACAUGAAUAAGAAAAAA